GCCUCUUAUGGACAGAGGAGGGCGGAGUGUGUUUGUCACCAAAGUGUGAGGUACGACUCCGUGCAUCCAAGUAAUCGGAUUUUUUCUCCCCCCUUUUUUUCAAUUGACUCUUCUUAUAUUCGAGCGUCGCAGGCUAAGGAGGGCGUCAAGCAAACAGCAACGCGCUCUUAACGGUCGCCAGGAUUUGUUUCGCAAACGGUCACGGAGAGGAAAAAAAUACCCGUUUCAAUAAAAAUACACUGUCAAGCGGAUACAGACGAAAACAAGCUAACUACAGCCGCUGUCUUAGGAAAAAAAUGAAUUGACCUGCUGGAAACAAGGCAGUCCUUAGCUUACGUUCAAUCGCCAGAGCUGGAAAUACGAACGGAUUCACAUACCUACAGGUGAACAAAUCGCAAUUCGGAUAUUUGUAUAUUAUUUGCUUGGCUGUGUGCAUGUUCACACCUAAUUGCAGAAUAUUAACUGGGUCUUCGAUAUUAGGAAAAGGCGGAACGAUAUGGCUGUUUUCUUGCUUUCGUUACUCGUGCAAGUGGGAUUUGCUGUUGGAUCGAAUUAUGGAUAUGUGGAGUGGUCGGAGCACGAGAGAGACGCUGGAAUCGCAGCAAAGCAAUCCGUUUAUAGCAUUCACAUCAACAAGCAAGAGCCGCGGCAGCAUGCGCCUUAUUUACAGAAACCCGCGACCGAGCGCUCGGUCCUAGCGCAGAAAAUCGAGGAGGGUCUGCCCAGAGUGGUUACGGCUUUUCUUCACACAGGAGACUCGUCAACGUUAAAGCACGCCAACUGCUCGCGGAGAUACGAGCUGAGCAACCUGCGCGGCAGGUCCUACAUGACUUCCCAUUACUCGCUGCUCACCGUGAUGGACACGGUGAUGCACGCCACCAACUUCCUCAAUAUGAUCUUGCAGGCGAACAGGUCGAGGGGGCACGACCUCCGGCAAGACAUAGAGUGGUAUCACGCGUUGGUCAGGAGUAUAUUGGAAGGGGAUCCCAAAAUUCAACGGGCCGUGGUGACUUUCAAUGCCGAAUCGUCCGCGCUGGGUCCCCACGUCUUCCUACAAGCCACGAGAGCGGGCAGUGAGAUAGUUCUCCAAGACCUCUCCAUGGCGGCCCACCAUCACCUGAGAAACAAGACGCCUGAGACGGAAUGGUUCCACGAGUUCCGGGACCGAAAGAAGCCCCACCUGCACCGAAGGGUGCUGAGCCACGACAUUAAAUCUCUGGACGCCUCUCUCUGGAGAGGGGACAGCUACGUCGUCGAUAAAACUCAGAUUAAGUGGUCAGCGCCUUACCUGGAGUGCGAAAACGGGAACUUCAUCCCAAAGUGGCUCCUCACUCUAUCGGCUGGCUUCUACGGUCUAAAGCCGAACAUGGCCCCCGAGUUCAGAGGUGUGGUUCGUGUGGACGUCAGCCUCCAGGAUGUGGACAUUGACCAGUGCUCCAGUAACGGAUGGUUUGCUGGGACUCACAGAUGUAACCUAACCAGUAUGGAGUGCAUGCCGAUACGCGGGCACGGAUUCGUCCUGGGCAAAUACAAGUGCCAGUGCAAGAAAGGCUUCUACCAUCCCAACCGGGUGGCUGUCAACGGCUUCAAAAGGAAGGGGAAGGAGGCGGCCCAAGGAGCAGAGGGGGCAUUAGAGGAGGGCCUCAGCGACUGCCUGCCCUGCACCGAGGGCUGCGCCUACUGCCGGGACGACACGCCCUGCCACGCCCAGGAGGACGGCGUCCUCCGCGUAGCCGUCAUCUCUUUCCAGGGGCUGUGCAUGCUGGGAGAUUUCGUCAGCAUGGUGCUGGUGUACCACUUCCGUAGGAACAAGAGCAUUAGAGCGUCUGGCCUCGUCCUUCUGGAAACCAUUCUUUCUGGAGCCCUGCUUCUCUACUUUCCCGUGGUGAUAUUAUACUUCCAGCCCAGCGUGUUCCGCUGCAUCCUGCUACGAUGGGUUCGGCUCCUGGGAUUCGCCACGGUUUACGGAACCGUGACUCUCAAACUGUACAGGGUUCUAAAGGUGUUCCUGUCCCGGACAGCGCAGAGAAUCCCCUACAUGACCAGCUGGCGCGUCCUGCGUCUACAGGGGAUAAUCCUCCUGGUCGUCUGCUGGUUCCUGGUGGCCUGGACCGCGGCCGUCUGCCAGAACCUGGACAGGAACCUCUCUCUGAUCGACGCGGGCUUCACCCCCGACGGCCUGCAGUUCAGCAUGUGUCUGCUGGACCGCUGGGACUACAUGAUGGCUGUCGCUGAGUUCCUGUUCCUCCUGUGGGGUGUGUACCUGUGCUACGCGGUGCGGACCGUGCCCUCAGCUUUUCAUGAGCCACGCUACAUGGCCGUCGCCGUCCACAACGAGCUCGUCAUCUCCGCAAUAUUCCACAUCAUCAGAUUUACUCUGGCCUCCGGGCUGCACCCUGACUGGAUGCUCAUGUUGUUCUUUGCUCACACACACCUGACAGUGACUGUCACCCUGGGGCUUCUGCUCGUUCCCAAGUUCUUGUUUGCAGGGACCCACACUAGGGACGACAUCGCCACCGAGGCCUACGAGGAUGAGCUGGACAUGGGCCGGUCCGGGUCGUACCUGAACAGCAGCAUAACAUCUGCCUGGAGCGAACACAGCCUGGACCCCGAGGACAUUCGGACGCCAGACGAAAUGGGCCAGCUCAGUUCUAUUAAUGGCUGUGGCGUAAGAUCUUGCGACAGUCUUUGGGAAAAACGUACCAAUGAGGAGCUGAAGAAGCUGUACGCCCAGCUGGAGAUCUACAAGCGGAAGAAGAUGCUGGCGAACAACCCCCACCUGCAGAAGAAGCGCAGCUCCAAGAAGGGCCUGGGCCGCUCGCUGAUGCGCCGCAUCACCGAGAUCCCCGAGACGGUGAGCCGGCAGUGCAGCCGGGAGGACAAGGACGCGGGCGAGCACGGCGGCAACCGCAACAGCAUCUGCACCCUGCGCAAGAACCCCUUCGACCCCUCGCACUCCUCCGCCAAGUCCAGGGAGGACUCGGCCGGCAAGGGCAAGGUCUUCUCCCUCAAGAAGUCGCACAGCAGCUACGACCACGUGCGCGACCAGAGCGAGGACUCCAACAGCUCGGCCACUGACAAGAUGGAGGUCUCCACCGCCGCCGGCACCGCCGACGGCUCCCUGCUGGACGCCCUGAUGGGCAAGAAGCUGGCGAGGAAGAAGUCGGUGGAGAAGAUCGAGGCCGAGUCUACCGAGUCCGUGCCUCUGGUGUGCAAGUCCGCCAGCGCGCACAACCUGACUGCCGACAAGAAGCCCAUCCACCCGAGGACGUCCAUGCUGCAGAAGUCCCUGAGCGUCAUCGCCAGCGCCAAGGAGAAGACCCUGGGGCUGACAGGCAAGACCCAGAGUGUGGAGGAGAGCAGCAAAAAGGGGCACCACAAGGGUAAGGAGGGCAAGGAGGGCAAAGAGGGAAAGGAGAGCAAGGCGGCUCCAGAGACAGAGGAGAAAGGAGACUACCCGAAAAUGAUAGUGAGCCAGUCUGUGGAGUACAGGCAGACGGCCAGCAAGGCCGGGAUCAUGAAGCAGCAGGUGAGCGGGAGCCAGCCCUCCAUCUGCUCCGAGCCGGGGAAGAACAAAGACCUCUACGACCUGUCUGAGGUCUGCCCCUGGGAAGUGGAGGACGUUCCCACGCCCUCCGAAAACAAGUCCCAGAAGCAUGUCUCCAUCGCCCCGGGGGAGACCACCACGUACCACGGGAGUGGCACCAAGGGGAAGCCGCAGCAGAAGCAGAAAGCCACAGACCAGUCGCCCUCCAACAGCAGGCGCCCCGCCCAGAAGAUGGUGGACCGGUCGGACAUCUGCCCCUGGGAGGAAGCGGAAGGGAGCCAGGGGCCGAUGGAGGGGACGAAGCCUCAGGCCGCCCAACAGACUGCUCCCCCUGCUGGGGACAAAGCUAAAACGCAAGCUGAGAUCUGUCCGUGGGAGUUUGAGGAGCUGCCGACCAAACCGGCCGAGACGGUCCAGACAGUCCUGUCCAAGAAGAGCGCCGCCCCGGUGGACAGUAAGGCAAAGGUCACCGCAAUGGACCAGCCCAAAACCACCGGCGGCUUGCUGCAGCCUUCUGCCACAAAGGCGGAAGUCUGCCCCUGGGACUACGACGCUGAGUCAUCCCCCAAUUCCGAAAAGACCCCCAGUCCCACUCAGGUUUCAAAAUCGAAGGAGUCCCCCACCAUAAAGAAAGGAACGACCUCUGCAAAAACAAUAGAGAAGGAGAAGGAAAAGGAAAAAGAGAAGGAGGAGGAAAAAGGUCGAUCAAAGAGCAAAGAGAAAAGCUCAUCAGGCAAACCUGCGGAGAAGAAGGUCACCCAAGCCAAGCUGGCGGAGGUCUGUCCUUGGGACGUAGAGGGCAGUCAAGACACAUCAACGGCAGACAAACAGAAAAGCGCCGUGGCUGAACUGGGAUCAGGCAAGCAAGCUGACAUCUGCCCGUGGGAUUUUGAGGGUGUGCCGGCUAGCAAAGAGCUGGACAAAAAUACUUCCACCACAAAACAAAAUGCCACAAAUUCCAAAGGGAGGGUCACCAGCAAUGCCAAAAUGGCUGAUGUUUGCCCGUGGGACUUUGAUGACAACCAAACAUCAGGUAAAAAGGCAUGACCCUUGGUCUGAAUGGACAUUUGAGUGUUUAGUUCUCAUUAUACAUUUCUUUGUUUCCCAUGG